AUGGAGAGCGAGAAUUUCUCCUUCAUGGAACAUUCCCAUUUGCCUUCCUCCUUGGCCAGUAACCCUUCAAAGUCUGCAACAUCUACUGAAAAGAAAAGAGUCCUGAAGGUUUACCAUAAGCCUGUCCCAAUGAAAAGGGGUAUGGCUUCCUUGGGGGAUACAGAAGAAGAUUUGGAGCCCCUCACAAAGAUGACAAGAAGAGCAAAAAUUACCUUUCCUGAGAAGAUCCCUUCAAAAGCCAGCCUCUCUCAUAUGUGCCUAAGAGACGUCCUAACUGACAGUGAAAAUGGCUUGCACGGGGAAGGCCAAGAGGAAAGGGAAGAGGCUGAGAAGCCACCUGAGCAUCUGGCCCAGGGUUCGGUGCUGGAGGAUCCGUAUAGUGGCUUUAGGUGCAUGGUCUGCUGCCAAGUCUUCCCCAAUAUGCGGCUGUUUAAGAAACACCGGGAGGAUGGGGUUGAGGGUGGUGCUUCAUGCCUUAGUCUUGCAUUUGCCAAACCAAGGAACACAAUGAAGCAAAGCAAGAGAAUCACAGAGGAGGAGGAUAGGAAUAUGACAACAUCUGGAGAAGCAACGUCAGACAAACUAAAGUUGCAAAAUAACACUUCUGAAGUAUCAAGUCGUUAA